CGAGCCAUGAAGCUGAACGUGGACGGGCUCCUGGUGCUGUUCCCCUACGAGUUCAUCUACCCCGAGCAGUUCUCCUACAUGCUGGAGCUGAAGCGCACGCUGGACGCCAAGGGCCACGGGGUGCUGGAGAUGCCGUCGGGCACCGGGAAAACGAUCGCGCUGCUCGCCCUCAUCGUCGCCUACCAGCGGGCCCACCCGCUGGAGGUCUCCAAGCUGAUCUACUGCUCCCGCACCGUGCCCGAGAUCCAGAAGGUGGUGGAGGAGCUGCGGAAGCUUCUGGAAGGCUACGAGAGGGAGCUGGGCCAGCCCCUCCCCCUCCUGGCGCUGGCGCUCAGCUCCCGCAAGAACCUCUGCCUGCACCCCCAGGUGUCGGCGCUGCGCUCCGGCCGGGAGGUGGACAGCCGCUGCCUGGCGCUCACGGCCUCCUACCUGCGGGAGAGCCCCGGCACAGCCCGGCCCGGCUGCAGCUUCUUCCAGGAGUUCGAGGCGCGGGGCCGGCAGAGCCCCCUCCCCUUCGGGGUUCACAACCUGGACGAUCUGCGGAGCCUCGGGCGGCAGCGCGGCCUCUGCCCCUACUUCCUGGCCAGGGCCUCGCUGGCCCACGCCAGCGUGGUGGUGUACAGCUACCACUACCUGCUGGACCCCAAAAUCGCGGGGCUGGUGUCGGCCGAGCUCGCCCGCUCCUCGGUCGUGGUGUUCGACGAGGCGCACAACAUCGACAACGUGUGCAUCGAGGCCAUGGGCGUCAGCAUCACCCGGCGGGCGCUCGACCGCUGCCAGGCCAACGUGGCCGCGCUGCAGAGCCACGUCCGGCGGUCGGGGUCAAAGGGCACCGGGUCAAAGGGCACCGGGUCAAAGGGCACGGGUUUGGGUCAAAGGGCACCGGGGCGCCUGGUCGAGCACCUGCGGGCGCAGCUGCGCGGGCCCCGCGUGCAGCAGCUCAGCCCCCCGGCCUUCCUGCGGGAGCUGCGCGAGCGCGUCUGCAUCGAGCGCAAGCCCCUCAGGUUCUGUGCCGAGCGGCUCCACUCCCUCCUCCGCACCCUCGCCCUCCCCGACGUCGCCGACUUCUCCCCGAUCACCCUCGUGGCCAAUUUCGCCACCCUGGUCAGCACCUACAGCAAAGGUGGGCAAAAAAACCCCAAAAUACCCCAAAAAUAGCCCAAAAAUAUCCCAAAAAUAGCCUAACAAUAUCCCCAAAAUACCCUAAAAAUAUCCCAAAAAUAUCCC